AUGGCCGACUACGCGAAGAAGAAGAACGACGAGCUCGCGACUCUCUGCAAAGAUCGCGGUCUCCCUCACACUGGCAAGAAGGCCGAUCUAGUGAAGCGCUUGGAAGAAUAUGACACGAAAAUCGCAGCCAGCGCCGCUACAGCAAAGCCCGCCGCGAACGAGGACGAGAUCGAUUGGGAUGAUGAGCCAGCAACAGAGACCGCCGAGGCCGCGACGAACGAGGCGGCCGCGAAUGCCAUAGCUGCUGGUGGUCAAGGUCAGGUGCCGAACCCUCAAGCUGUACCCAAUCAAGAAGCCGCAAUCGACCCAGCCAAGACCGACGAGCUUGACGUUGCGCCUCCAGCAGCACCCGAGCCCGCCGCGGCCGAGGAGAAGAAAGAGGAGAAGGACUUCAGCACGGGUCUUGCGGAGCGCACGCUCGAGGAAGAGAUUGAGAAGCGCAGAGCACGACUGCGCAAGUUUGGAGUGCCGGAGGACGAUGAAGAGUGGAAGAAGCUGGAGCGCGCACAGAAGUUUGGGAGCAGCGAGAGUCUUGGAGGCUUGAACAAGGCUCUGUCGGACGCGAAGCCGGGCAGGAAGCGUGGCCGAGACGGAGGCGCGAAGAAUGAUGGCGGCAACCACGGAGACAGGAAGAGAAGCCGUGGUCGACCAGGCAGGGAACAGGGCGGUAGCGGUGCCGGUGGCAGGAAGCCCGAGAAGGAGAGCAACAGCAAUGGUGGCUAUCCGAGCUGGAUGACCCAGGCUGAUAAGGAUGCUGCCGACCGUCGCAAGGCUAAGUUUGCGACGGCAUAG